GCUGUCAUGGCCGAUCACAGGGCAGAGGAGCCGUCCUCCAGGUCAGGGAGUCCAGAUGAAGAAGGUCGGGUGUCUGAGGACAGAUCGUUGCUCCAUCAGAGGCUGGCUGUCAGGGAGCUCAUCGACACCGAGAUCUCCUACUUGCACACACUCCAGCUCUGUGCCUCAGACAUCAGGAACCACCUCCAGCAGCUACCGCAGGGAGAUCUGGACAUCCUGUUCUCAAACAUCGAUGAUAUCAUCAAGGUGAACAGCAGAUUUCUCCAUGGUCUGCAGGAGACGGCCUCUAAGGAAGAGGAACAAGUGUACCUAAUUGGUAACCUAUUCCUGGAAUUCCAAGAGGAGUUUGAGCAUGUCUAUAAGGUCUACUGUGCUAACUACGACCAGGCCUUGCUGCUGGUAGAUGCAUACCGGAAGGAGCCAGCGCUGCAGCGGGAGAUCCAGCGCAUCAUUGAGGCAGUAGUGCCGCAAGCUGGACCGUCAGGCCUCAGUUUCUUACUGGUCAUCCCUCUGCAGAGGAUUACCAAGUACCCACUGCUGCUGCAGAAAAUCCUGGAGAACACGCUCCCUGAUGCCGGUGCCUACCCUGUCCUUCAGAGGGCUACUUUCGCCCUCCAGGAUGUGAAUGCCAACAUCAAUGAGUACAAGAUACGCAAGGAAGUGGCCUCGAAGUACAGCAAGGUGGAGCAGCUGACCCUCCGGGAGCGGCUGGCACGCAUCAACACGCACACCCUCUCCAAGAAGACCACCAGGCUGAGCCAGCUGCUGAAGCAGGAGGCAGGGCUGGUGCCCAAGACAGAAGACAAGGAAUUUGAUGACUUAGAGGAGCGGUUCCAGUGGGUAUCUGUAUGUGUGACUGAGCUGAAGAACGACCUGGCCGCUUACCUGGACAAUCUGGAGGUUUUCCUCCGCUUCAGGCCACACGAGUGCAAUCUGGACAUCCCCGGGGGACCUGUGGUGCAGUAUUGCAACCUGGCGAGAGACCUUCAGCUCAAGGCCUUCCUGGAGUUUAAGCAGCGGUUGGAAGCCCUGGUCUGGCAGCCGCUGUGCAGCCUGGCCAAAGUCCUGGUUGGCCCUCAGAACCUGAUCAAGAAGCGUCUGGACAAACUGCUAGACUUCGAGCGGGUGGAAGAGAAGCUGUUGGAGGUGGGCAGUGUGACCUAUGAGGAGGAGGCGGCCCGGCACACAUACCAGGCCCUCAACUCCCUGCUAGUGGCCGAACUGCCGAAGUUUAAUCAGCUGGUCAUGCAGUGGCUGGGCCAGGUCCUGCGCACGUUUGUGGCCCUCCAAAGGGACCUUGCAGAGCAGGUGCUGCAGAGGGCAGAGGGCAGCAUGACCCAGCUUCCUCACCAGCACAUCCCCGAGCCAGACUUCAGGAAGCUGGUGGAAAAUUCGCUAGGCCAGACCAGUAAACAGCUUCGCUCCUUUCGAGAGAACUUCGAGAAGGUGCUGCCACCUCCCACCACACAACCACUCCUUCCAGGGUCCGAACGCCAAGUGCAGGCUCUCUGGAGCAGGUAUGGCCCCGGGAAGCUGUACCAGGUGACCAACAACAUCAGUGGGGCUGGGUCUCUCGACCUGACACUGCCACGAGGCCAAAUCGUGGCCCUCCUUCAAAACAAGGACACCAAAGGCAACAGUGGGCGCUGGCUGGUGGACACCGGGGGUCAUCGGGGGUAUGUGCCAGCUGGGAAACUGCAGCCGUACCGUGUUGUCCCCAGCGAGGAGGAGCGCAGAGGGCAGGUGGGGCCGCACGAGGACUCCCGACAUCUAACACCAGAGCCCACCCCCACCUGCUCUGUCCCAACUGUGACCCAGGUGGUGGCCGCAUACCCAUUCCUGGCCAGAAGCAGCCAGGAGGUGAGCCUGCAGGCAGGCCAGCCUGUGACCCUCCUGGAGGCCCAGGACAAGAAGGGAAACCCGGAAUGGAGCCUGGUGGAAGUGAAUGGACAGAGGGGCUAUGUGCCUUCCAGUUUCCUGGCCAGGGCUCCUAGCCCAGCUCCGUGGGGCUGGAGUCUCACCUCUUAGGGUGUCUCCUUGGAGCCUGUGCUCAGAGGCAAUGAACCUGGGGGGAGAGGAAGAAAAGCAAAGGUAGGGGUGGAAGGGAAGAUUAAGCAGGGUAGGUGAAAGGCCCCCAGAAGGUACCAGAAGCAGUGGGUGGUCCUUGGAGAGUGCUUGGUGUGGGUGGGCCCAAAAGGCCACACCAGGGCCACUUGUGUCAUCUGUAUAAGCAGUCAUUUCCACCUGGGGUGGCAACAUGCAGGUCACAGCGAGUUGGCUGGGACUCACUGUAGCUUACCCUCAGUCUCACCUGCAUCCCCAUCUAGCCUCUCAUGGGAGUGGGUCACUCCGAGGAAUGUUACCUGUGUGUGUGGUGGCAGGAAGGG